AUGUAUACAGCCACAGCAAACGGCAAACAUACGGAGAGAAAGAUAAGUCCUUCGAUCAACGGCUCUAUCAGGUCUUCUUACACCACGCACUCGCUCGAUCAGCACCAAAUCUCCAUCUACAAGAACCUCGAGCAGCCGCAGUUUGAAAUCAAAGAAGUGCAGCUCCAAUUCGAUUUGAAACAUGAGUUGAAAAAGGUUCUUGUGGCAAACAGCAUCAUGUUCUUGAUUGCGGGGUCUACUUUGUUCAAGAUUGACUUGGAAAGCCCCUCGCAGUUGAUGAAGUAUCUGGUUCCGAACCUUAAUUCGCAGAGCACGAUAAACGCAUGGGCGAGUGCCAGUGGCGAGGACUUGGUCUUGAGAGUCGAUCAGCAGUACUACUAUUUAAACCACAACUACAAUGCUUUCAAGAUACUACCAAAGAUGAAAAAUUUGGUGUUGACCACCAUGGUUUUCACGCCAACGCGCACGGUGCUUAUGGGGUCGCCCACGGGCCAUCUAUAUCUAGCUGCGAUAAAGCCGCACGACGAUGUAAAGAAGAACGACUUGGUCCAUUUCAAGCAAGUUUACAAGUUUGACGGACAGGUGCAAGGGAUCUCCUUAGCCGAUAAUUGCUCCACGGUCAACGUGGUUGGCAAUUUUGCACUUUACACGUGGCCCUGCUUUGACACGAGCUAUAACGAACUCUCCAAAGUGUUCAAGACGCCGCCGCCCGUGGUCAAGAACAUUGCUCACAAGAGUCCAAAAUACGUCUUUACUGCGACCAAGGAUAAGUUUGUGUUUGCCGCGAACGAAUUGGUCACCAAUGACGACGAGAUCCAGAUUACUAGUUUUGACCAGAACUUGAAAGACCUCAUGAUGACCACGCACCAUUUGGUUGGCUUUGACGAUCAAAUAUACAUUUUUAAUAAGUUGAGCCAAGAGUCAAAGACUCUUGCAUUUGAAGGGAAAAUUCUAGGUCUAGCAAGCGACAAUGAGACUUUUUGGAUUUACACCGAUAAUACUAUAUACGAGUUGUUGAUAUACAACGAGAGCUCGUUGGUUUGGUACGACUAUUACAAGAUGGGGAAAUUCGAAGAGGCCCUCGAGUGUCUUGCUGAUGUCGAAGAAAAUUUCUACAAGAGGGACUUGGUGCUCAUCAAGCAAGGGUACGAUUAUUUGCAAAGAGGUGGGUUCGGCUUGGAAACAGAUGACAAGGAUCUCAUCACCAUGCAAAAGAAGGGCAUCAAAAUACUAGCUAGGCUGACGGAACCAUUUGAAAAAGUUUGCCUCAUGCUCAACAGGGACGGCUCAAGACAUAUUCUUCUUGAGUACCUACUAGCGCAGUUUUCCUUAACCAGGCGCAACAACAAGGUCAGAGUGAUUGUCUUGUCGACUUGGAUCGUUGAGCUCAUGACAAGGUUGGAAGACGAAAGGCUCCAUGAGUUUUUGAAAUCAAACUACAAAGUUUUGGACAAGUCGAUAUCAACCGUGUUGAGUGGAGCCGAUGCUUUAGUGUACGCCGAAUUGAUUGAAGACUACAAUUUCAUCUUGCACCACUAUCUCGACCAGCGGGACUGGCCUCUCGCGGCGCGAACACUUGCAAAGUUGUACUUGAAGGACGUUGAAGCAAUCUACGAAAAUGCAACUGUGCUUCUUCUCAACUACCCCAAAGUGAUUGACACUUGGUUGAGGUUUGAGUUGGACUACGAUCGGUUUUUAUCCGCGGUGCUAUCCUACUGCUCCAUGAAUAAAGGUAUCCCGAUUGCAAACAAUGCAGCUAUCAAGUUUCUACAACGAGUUCAUGAGAAGGGUUUCAAGAGCAAACAGCUCAAUAACUACUAUCUUUCUUUGCUUGUGACGUCAGCCGAGGAUACCGAGAGCUUAGUGGUGCGGUUCAUCAAUAGUGAAAAGUCGUAUGAUCAAAAUUUCAUACUCAGAUUGUGCAUCUUGAACAACAAGAUCCACGCUGCUGUUUUGAUCUACAUAGACAUGGGCCUAUACGAGCAAGCAUUGGACUAUGCGUUGCAAAACGAGGCCAUAGAGCAAGGGGAGUAUAUUCUCGGGAAAUACGAAGACAUUGCAGAAGACGGCGACCAGGAGCAUGCCGAGGAACAACAACACAGCAAGUUGGAAAAGGAAAGCUACAACAUCAGGCGGCACUUGUGGUUAAAUUUCGCCAAGCAUUUGAUUGACCAUGUGUGUCUGGGAAAGGACGUGGGCCUUGAUGCGAUAGACAAGUCGGAGAAUAAGCUAAACAGGACAUUGAGCUACAUCUUGGGCAAGUCGCCACUAGGCUUAAAAGACUUGUUGCCCUUGUUUCCCGAAACCAUCAUGAUCAACAAUUUUAAGGAUGAGAUAGUCAACUCCUUGAACGAGUACAAACGCAGCUUGCAGGAUAUAAACUUGAAAGUGCAAGAAAACAGUGGUUUGCUACGAACAUUAAAGCAAGAGGCACAGCAAGAGGACCACAGGAAAUCGGAGAGCUACGCGAUAAUCGAGCCAGGCACGGCGUGCCGAGUCUGCUCAAGGUUGUUGAUUACAAAGAACUUCAUCUUUUUCAAAAACUGCAAGCACGGUUUCCACAAGGAGUGUUUGGUCCGUUUCUACUCCAAGUCCAAGAGCAACUACAACUUUAAGCGAAUCUACCAAAACUUUAUGCGCAGUGAAGUUGAAAAAGAGCUGAGUUUCAAGCAGGAGGUAGAUGACUUGUUGUGCAAGGAGUGCGUUCUAUGUAACGAAACAAACAUAAACACGGUCGAUGUGGGCUUUUUGGAGGAGAAUGAUAAGGAUAUAGCAGAGAUGAAAUCGUGGGAUCUUUAG